UUGUAGGUUUCUAUUCAUUAUCAGAUUAAUCAUGGACAUUCCCGGUCCCAUACUGCUCUCCCUCCCUACUGAAGUACUGCUCCAUAUCACUGACUACCUGCCUGCCUAUGACAAGCUAUGUCUCCGUAUCUCCUGUAAGAGGUUCUACUCUCUCCUCAGUGACCCUCAUGCCUGGAGUUCCCUGGUGUGGAAGAAUUGUCGCAGAAGAGACCAAGAUUUCAAAGCUCUUAGACUAGCACUGGGACUGUCUCGCUCGUAUGUCCAAUAUGUGCAGAUAACAGAGUCACAAAGGUUUCCAAAUACAAGGUUUUUCCCUCAAAUCGGUCAAUGCAAGCAAAUACGCUACAUAUCAUUAACUGGCACAUUCUCGAAAUACCUAUUUGUGAACACACUUGAACUUUUACUGCGUGAAUUACCAUCCCUGUACUGCCUUAGUGUAACGGGAAGUGAACGUUGUGCUAUGAUUGCUGCUAAAGUUUCAAAAAGUCUGCAAGUACUCCGUAUGUAUACAGAGGAUGCAGUGGAUGCUGUGGAUACUUGGAAAAUGUGUGGGUAUAUGCCUUCGAAUCUGAUAUUGCAUUGCUAUCCUUCCAUAGACGGUUAUUUUCUACGCAAACUAACGAGUAGUGACCACCCAGCACAGUUGUCUGUCUACCCAAACAGUUCCCCAAUUGCUGGAAAUGUGGUCAACAAUUAUCCAAUUGUUAGUUUGUCAUUGUAUCCGAAUGUUGAGUUGUUAACUUGCCCAAUCACAUCUGUUUGUUCCUCAGCCUUACAUUCCUCAGAUUUGAUUGUAUCUCGUGGCAACUCCUCCAAUCAAGAUCCUGUCAGUGCUAUAGUGUGCAGUGAAUCUCUGAAUGUACUUACAUGUACUAUUACGAUGUCACUUUUGCCAUCAAGCAUUGAAUCCCUGUUCUUGGCUGGAACAGAAAAGUUAUCUCCUGCUGACCUUACACUGGUCUCUGAGUUAUGUCCAAAACUGGUGUGUCUUAAUAUUCAAGAUUGUACAGACGCUUUACAGAGUCUACUAGGAUUAAGUGAUAUUAGUUUAAAUUGUGCGUGUUUGGCUGCUCUGAACAUUCAGGGAAUUCAUAAUAUUGAGAAUGUGUCUUCUCUCUGGGAGGUCCUAUCAAGGAUGAGGAAACUGCGUUACUUGUCAGUGAGCUAUCCAAAGAGCCGUUUUGAUGAGCGUUGUGUUUCUCGUAUGAAUGUCAGUUUGGCACGGAUGAAUUUGUUUGUAAGUGGUAUCUUUUGUGAUCAUAAUGUACCUCUACAAAUCAAAAUUCUCUUGCCAGCUUUCCGAAUGUUGCAACACUUACAAAUCACAGUCAACAAGCGGGUGUGCUCAUGUCUCGACCUAACUACUGUUCUCCCCAACUUGCCUUCCCUCACACAGCUAUUCGUUGUUGUCCUCCCUGAUUCGGGCAAUGGCCGCCGGCUCAUGUUACCCACAGAUCCAGAUUGCUACUCAUCUCUGAAGAAGCUUAGUAUUCAUUGUCAACAAUUUGAUGUUUCCGAUGAUCUGGCUCUCAGUCUCUCUAAAUCUCUAUCUCUGAUGUAUCUACAACUCUAUGUUGGAUCAUGUCCUCUUCUGAUUGAGCUGCUAGCCAAUUUCCGUCGGCUCUGUGAAUGUUAUGUUAGGUGUUUCAACAGAGAUCACGCUGGAGUUCAAAAGCGAACACUUAGCGAUUAUGGAAUAUGUGGAUUUGUGAAUUUGCAAAAAACAUUUAUUUGGCCAAAAGAAUUAUUCUGA